UUACUAAGUUCUAAUUUUCUCCUCUUGCAGUAAAACCAAAGAUUGUGUACAUUGCCGGAAUAGAUAAUCUCAUUCAUGGAAAGAGCGCCAAUCUAUCCUGGAUGGUGUCAGGCUUUAAACCAAGAAACAUUGAGAUAUAUGCCUAUGUGGAGAUAGGUGAUCAACGGCGAGAAAUUGGUUCCUGGAAAUACCCGACACCACAAGGCCAGAAUUAUGAUGAUGUAGAUCACGCGGAGAGAGGGGAAGGAAUUGAGCUCCUUGGGCAGGAAGAAAGAAUACAACCUUUCAAACCAAAUUUGUCUUUCUUAUCCUGUAAUUGUCUUUGUUCUACAAGUAUAACUCCGGACAAGAAGAAAGAUAAAGGGGCUGAACUUGUCAUAGAAGUAAAACACGCUUCUCUGAAAACUCUUCUCACUAAACGCCAGAAACUGAACAUCAAAGGAGAUUAUUUCGCAGCUCACAUUACAGCCCCCCAAUGUCUAAAACACGGGGAAGAGGUGACCCUGACUUGUGAUAUCACUAAAUGUGAUCCGGAACCUUUACUGAUAACUUGGCUGAAAGAGAAACGAGUUCUAUAUAAAGAUGGGAAGAUACAAAACACAAGAUAUAUACAAACAGAAAUCAAAGAUGAGCCACACGAGGGUAAUGUGCUCAAGUCGUCCAGCUCUUUGACGUUCAGGGCGAAGGUCAAAGAGGAUCACGGUGUGAAGUACACCUGCAAGGUCGCCUACUCUGCAAUAGGAAAAAUCUUAAAGUUCUGCCAUGAGACAUUAAUUACAGCUCAGCCUGUUGUGGAACAGAUCACCUCUGAAAAUGUCGGUCAGCAGAUGAAGCUUUCCUGCAGAGUCCACUCCUUCCACCCAAAGACUAUAGAGAUUAAAUGGUUCAAGGAGACAGAGGAGUUACCUACAAAGGACUCUGAAUUAGAUAUUGAUGAAGACGGUCUGUACAGCACUACGUCCAUUCUGAUGUACGUCCCAGAGAUGGAGGACGUUGGGAAAACAUUGAGGUGUCAAGUUGACCACCAGAGUCUCCCAAAUCCAAACAUUUGUGAAUGGAAAUUGGAAGAGCAAAGAUCGAAUGACAUUAAAAGCUGAAAGAG